AUGGGAAUUCAGCCAUGGCGGAAUCGGCAUGCAGGUAAUUAUCUCUCCAUAUAUCUCUUCCUUUUCUGCAUACAGCACGCCACGCUCUUUUCUCGCUCGCCGUCCGUUCCCCCGAUUCCCUCCGUGAGCCGUGGGACCGUGUGGUCCGUAAGCGUGAAGGUACCUAUCCGUACCUCCAGAACCCAUGGGUCGUGUGGCCCCUCGUCCCGUUCUCCCCCAGGUUGGGGUUGGAGUGGAGAGGAAACUCCACUUGCCUAA